AACGCUUCUUUCAACAGCAACAGUAAGUUAUCCACCUCGGUAGCUUGCUAGACAAAAAAGCUGAACCAGUAAAGCUCUUUAGACGCUUUCGUGUUUAUUAGCCACUGUAUUUUAAACACACUUCUUUUGUCUAGUUAGUUAUCCGAUUUAAUUUAAUAUUUACGGCGUUGUUGUUAUUAGUCAGCUAGCAGUCUGGUUAAGUUAGCAUUAGCAUAGCUAACAUCCGCGACCAUGCGGUCACUAAGCUACUCUCCUUCUGCUAAAGAAGAGGUGGAUAUCACAGUAAAACAAGAAGUAGAGGCCGUUACUGUGAAAGAAGAGGAAGACGCGUUCAGAGUGAAAAAGGAGGAGGAUGUUACAGUAAAACGAGAGGAGGAUGCAGUUUAUAGAGUGAAAGAGGAGGAGAGAGAGAUGACUGUUACAUCGAAAAAGGAGGAAGAAGAGGAACCUGGAUAUCUGGGCCCGGUUUUCCGAAUGCAUCUUAAGGCAUCCAAUGGUUCUAAUGAUGAAUUUAGCCAAAAUGUGAUUUUGAGAAACCGUAACCUGACUAACACUAGAGAGAGACGUGACUAUCGUGGAUCCUCUGGGGAGCCUCAACAACCUCAUGAUGCUGAGGAGACAGAGAAGAGUCUCUCCAGAUCAGAACACCUCAAUAAACACCCGGGAACACUCUACUAUGCACGUCAGCCCCCGUUCUGCAGGCGUUGUAUGGCCUACGGCCAUAUCCUGGGCUCGUGCACCGCCAAGAAAUGUCGUUUUUGUGGGUCGGAAGAGCACGAGGCCAAGGAGUGUGACGAGCCCAAGGCUUGCCACGGGUGUGGCUCAAGAGCACACCUGUGGCGUGAUUGCCCGGCUCGUCACAGGUCAUACGCGUCUGCAGCUGGGGGGGGAGCGGGGGAUGGGGGGAGGAAAGAAAGGACGCGUGCGGAUUACAUGGAUGGCACAGGGGAAAAGACGGCGCAGGAAGAAGAUGGGAAGAAGGAUGAGGGGGAGAUGACCCCAGGGCCAGACCCUGGUCUCUACACAGAGUACUGUUUUUACAGCGGACACUGUCUGCUGUAA